CCACUGUCAGAAAUAUCAGAUCUUUCGAGCCCUGGCAAAGUGAUAGGGCAUUCAGCUCGAAAACGUGGAUACAUAUCCCCAGUAACAAUGCCGCUAUGAUAAGUGCCAUAACGAGGACACUGAACGAUCUUCCCAGUCUCACGGCACCUCUCGCUAAAUAUGUUGUUGACGACUUGAACCAUGGAAGGAUAGCCGCUGGCCAAGAAUGCUUGGCCUAUAGGGACUCUGGAUGCAUAUAAAACGAGGGCGACGUUAACAAGGGCAUCAUGAGUAUUGUAAUUCCUUGGUUUGCUGUUCAAACAGUAAAAGAAUGGCAGACGACACGAAAUUGGUACCGUGAAGUAU